GCCGCGUCAACGUCUGCGACGACGUCGACACAACGACCCUGCACAGCAUGGCAAGGAUGGCGCUGGAGAUGUGCCCAUCACGCGAGCUGCCGACCAGGCGGACACACAUCUACACGGACGGCAGCUACAACGGCAUCCCACAUCCAGCCGCCUGGGCAGUUGUCAUUGUCGACGAGUACGACGACGGGCGCAACUUACGAGGCCCGUUCGGCUUUCGGGGUUUCAUUGCUGGCAAGGUCACCGAGACCCUAGACGACAUGGCAAACAACGAGAAGGUGACGGCAUACACAGCUGAGCUCGCGGCAGUACUUUGGGCACUGAUGUGGGCCCUUGGUCAAGACACCGACGCGCCCAUCGAGAUCACGCCCGACGCCCUCAACGUUAUCAACCUGGCCAAAGGCGAAGCCCAAUGCCACGUACAUCCGAGGUUGGGGGCCGCCAUUCGCACGCUUGCAGGCCUCCUCCAACAAGCCCGACCUACCCAGUGGCACCAUAUUAACUCGCACAUCGGGCACCCUUGGAACGAGCUCGCAGAUGGGAUAGCAGAUCAAGCUUCGGCCAGCGACCUGAUGGACCCGAACAUUGCAGCAGUGCAGGCGAUCGCUCACAACAAGUUCCUUUCCUGGGAAUGGCUGCGAUCAGAGCCAGAUGCGGUCAAGGCCGCAUACCCGCCCUUGCGGAACAAAGACUUCAUCAUCGAGGCCACCCAGCCGCAGGCAGCCCCAGGAGCGAUCCAGAGGCCCAUCAGCACCACCACCAUCAAGGCCGACCUCAACGUGAAUUUGUGCACCUACAACUGUAGAUCACUCAAGGCCACCGUUAGCUUCAAGUCGGGCAAAGGCAAGGCGGCCGGCAAAAGCAAGCAGAGCCUCUCCAAGGUCACGCACCUAGCAGCACAGUUUGCUGACAUGGGCCUGCACGUCGUCGCCCUGCAGCGCGAGUGGGCAGCGAAGUACCUAAGUGCCAAAGACGCCCUCGUCCUCCACCAGCACGGCAGGCUCUUGAUCAUCAAGACCCGCGUUGCAGGCACAGACAUGGUUAUCGCAUCAGCAUACGCACCCCACGAAGACUCCCACGCGGCGGAGAAGAGAGAAUUCUGGGAGUCUGCUCAGCGAUUGUCUGACAAGUACCGAGUGGACAUCUUCACGGGGGACCUGAACGGGCGUCUUGGCGACUACGAGUCCCCAGGAGUUGGCACCAGUGGGUACCCAGAAGCGACCAACGGCAAUGGCAAGCACAUCAUCAGCUUCGCUGCCGACACCAACAUGGAGGUCAUCAACACCACGAGGGAUCCAGGCAACAACUCAUAUACGCACGUCGGAUCGAAGGGGCAACACCACAGGAUAGACUACAUCCUGCUGAGCUCCUCGAUCGCCCCGUACGUCGCGAGCUGCAGCACGGAGCCAGGUCUGGACCGAGGCACAGCUGCACAAGACCACAUACCAGUACUAGCCACCCUCAAGUGGGCCGUCUGCAAGACCACCAAGGUCUCAGGACCGAGGCCCGACCUGACCAACUUGAACAAUGACGUCGCCAAGGCCAGCUUCAAGGAGAUUCUCAAGCAGGCCCCGAUCAUCCCCUGGGAGGUGGACGUCAACACCCACUGCGAGGAGGUCACCAGGGUCGUCAACGACGCGGCCAUCCAGGCCUUCGGCAAAGCCGCCAAGGCAACGAGGAAGCCCUACGUCACCAAGACUACCAUGGGCCUGAUCCGAGCCAGGUCUGGGCCCACAGUUGCCGCGGCCGUCGAGAAGGACCGCAGCGCAUUCCUCAGUCGGCUUGCCUCGACAGCGUCCUCCGCCUCCGCUGCGAACGACGCUGCGGUCCAGUGGAAGGCUUACCGAGACCUACUAAGGUAUGGAGGGAGGAAGGCGAAAUUCCCAGCAGGAAAGCCUAUGCGGCUCGACAAGGAUGGAGAGGUGAUCCACAACUCCCAGGAAAUGGCGGACCAGGAGCUUAACCAUUUCGCGAAGAUACAGGCGGGCAAGAUCGUGACAGCGGAUGAUCUUGCUAACAAGUACAAUCACGACAGCAAGAUCAGGCCCUUCGACGGCAUGCUGGAUCUCUCCAUGGUGAUGCCCCUGGCCGUCUGCCAGGCCCAGUUCGCCGCGGCCAAGGCUGGGACGCAAGGAGGCCCCGACGGGCUCACGAACGCUGUCCUCAGGGCGGCCCCCACAGAGGCAGCGAGGCUACUGCACCCCCUCUUCACCAAGGUGGCGACCACCGUGAGAGAGCCGCUGAGCUUCAAGGGUGGAGACCUGGUCGCAAUUCCCAAAGGAAAAGGCGACCCAAGGUACCUCCAAGCCUACCGCGAGAUCCUCUUAAACAACGUCAUGGGCAAGCACCACCACAAAUACCUAAGGACCAUGCUCAACACUACCCUCGCCAUAGCGCUGGAGGACAUCCUGGUUGGCGGCCGGCCCAAGCGAGGGGCGGACAUGGCGGUCCUAGCAGCACGCCUCUUCACAGAGAGAAGUCAGGCCCAAGGGAAGUGCUCCAUGAUAAGCUGCUACGACUUAAAGGAGGCCUUCUAUUCGGUUGUAGUCCAGCAGGUUCAUGGUAUCCCAGGAGAGGAGGACGAAGUCAAGGAGGUGCUAGAGAACCUCGAGGUUCCCCUGUGGGCCCAGCCGCAGCUGGAGCACCUCAUGGCCAACCCAGGGAUACUCGACACAGUGUUGGACGGCUCCCACUUGGCUGCCCUCAUUGCAGAAGGAUACCGCAACAGGUGGACAUCACACAGGUUCUCCCAGAACCUUAUGGCGCCGCACAAGGGCACGAGGCCUGGCGUGCCCCUGGCCGACGCGGACUUCAAUCUGCUAUUCGGCCGAGUCCACCGCAUGAUUGACAGCUACCUUGCGCAGCGAGGGCUACGCGAGCCCUGGCCCACCGUGCCCCAAGGCCUGGGCACUGCCGCCCAGGACAGGCGCCCGCGCGUCGGCCGCGUGUGCGGCUAG